CCAUAUUCCUCUCUGUUCCCAUUCCCCUCACCAAACCCAUUUUUCUCCCUUCACUCCCCAAUAUAAAUACUCCAAAGUUUUGAACCUUUUUUCCAUUCAUUCAUUUCUAUUAGUCUCACCCCUUCACCCAGCACCGCACACAUUAUUACAUUACACCCACCGAAAUAACACAAAAUAACUGACACAGCAUCCUUAAUUUCAUCAAAAUAUUUUUCAUGUUUAUGCGAAGAUCACGGUGAAGUGAAUCCCCCAACAAGUACUAUAUUAUCAGCCAUGUCAGAUGAUCAAUUUCAAGCAAGUGGAAACUGGUGGGAAACAGCAAGAAGCGUGAGAUUUGAGAGUAGAGAAUCACAAUCUUCUUCUGGCCUCACCAACAACAUUGGAAGCUAUGCAGCUUCUUGGCAACAACAUCAACAACAUGACAUGGCAACAAGGUCUUCUUCCAUGGAUAACAACUCUGUCUCAGGUGGUUCCUCUGUGGUCUUCCAUGACCAGAAGCAGCUUCAAGUUCAUGAUUCAUCACCAGCAGCCACUUCCACCAAUGACCCCAACUUUCACAUGAUGGCCUUGGGCCUCUCAUCUCAAGCCAUGGACUGGAGUCAAGCAUCUUUGCCGCUGCGAGGUGAGAAGGGUUCAGAGAACAGUUUCAGGUCGAUGUUGCAAGAGAAUUUGAGCUCAUCGGGCACAAAUUUUCAGCAGCAAGAAUGUGGGAGCAACAGUAUAGGCUUGUCUCAACACCACCAUCACCAUCAUCAACAAGUUCAUUGGAAACCAGAAAAGUUGUUCUCAGCUGAGUCAUCAAGCAACGAAUUCAAGAGGGGUUUCUCCUUGGACCAAACACAGUUUUCUCCUCAAUACAGCUCCGGGGACAGCACUGUCACAAGCCAAGGCUUGCCUUGUUCUUUUCAGAUAGACUAUGUUGGGAACCCUUCUUCAAUAUUGCAAGGUCUUUUGGGACAAGAGAGCAACAACAACCAACAACAACCCCACCAAGGUGGUGGUGCCAUGAAUUUUCCUUACUCAGCAGCAAGCUAUGGAUUGAACUCGAAUAUUGAGUUGGUGCCUUCUUGGUCUAAAGUUCCUCAGUUUCUGAGAGCUUCUCCGCCAAAACAACCCCCCAAUAACCAGUUGCAUUUCACCAACAACGCUCCCUUUUGGAACGCUAAUUCUGAGCCUGCUAUUAAGGAUUCUCGAUCCAACUUUAUCCCCUCUUUGCAACCUCCCUUCCCCACAUCAAAUUUCGAUGUACAAUCGAAGAAUAUAUCUGAAGUUAGAGAUUCGGGUGGUGUGGUGAAGAAAAGUGGGAGUGAGGCAGCACCCAAAAGGCCCAGGAACGAAACCCCAUCACCUUUGCCAGCUUUUAAGGUGAGAAAAGAGAAGAUGGGGGACAGAAUCACUGCACUCCAACAAUUGGUUUCACCUUUCGGAAAGACUGAUACAGCGUCAGUGCUCUCUGAAGCCAUUGAAUAUAUCAAAUUCCUCCAUGAACAAGUGACUGUGCUAAGUACCCCGUAUAUGAAAAGUGGUGCUCCAAUACAACAUCAGCAGAGUUCUGGAAAAUCUAAGGAAUCUGAGGGUCCAAAGCAGGAUCUUAGAAGCCGAGGGCUAUGUCUGGUGCCAGUUUCUAGUACAUUUCCAGUGACUCACGAACCCACAGUUGAGUAUUGGACACCAACAUUCGGAGGAACUUACAGAUAGCUUGCUAGCUUCAUUAAUUAAUUAAUAUGGGUGGCAAAAGUGACAUGGAAGCAGUACUCUGAGCAACAACAACAUGCAUGACUUAUCAAAACCUGGCCAAGUUGGGAAUGAUAAGAUGAAAGAAAAAGAUAUGAAACAGGAGAGAAAAAGGCCACAUAAAUAUGUGAAGUUAAUUAAUUCUUCCUGUGAUGGAAAAAUUAAAGAUAUUAUUUAUUAAAAAGGAUAUAGAGUUGAAAAGAGACGAAAGAAAGGGAAAAUGACCAUUCACAAGAAGGGUCAUAUUGAAAGACCAACUACAUGCAGAAUGAUGAUGCAAGGGUAAGAUAAUUAAUUUGUGCCAAUUUUUGGAACCAUUGGAGCACAAUAUUAUUAAUUUAUAAGCUGUUUUAUGAUAAUUGAAGAAUUAUGUAUUAUGCACACAAGGGGGUGGAGGAUUAGGAUGAUAAGGGAACUUUGUUAAAUUUUCUUGGUCUAAGCUAGAUAGAAAAAUUGUUGUUAGCCGAAGAUGAUAAAGGAGCUUUGUUAAUUUUUCUUCUUGUUGUUUUAUUGUGAAUAGAGCUGGAACUACCGCUUUAGUUCAAGAAAAAGGAAAAAAAAAAAACUAAAACUAAUUGAAGGAAUCAUUGAAAUAUAGAAGAGAGAGUGAGUGUGGGAUAUGUCAUUUGAUUGGAAAUCUCACUUUUGAUUUGUUUAUUUCCUUCAGAAUAUGUAAGUGGAAGUCAGAGGGUGGCCCACACUGCCCCUUUCAGUUUUUUUUUUUUGUCAAAA